AUGACGCCCUACGGAUUCCCACUACCACCUAUGCCAAAUCAAGAACCUAGCUUGCCAAUUUCGCUACAUAACUUAUCUUCCAGUCUUCAUGCUCCAGAUGUAAGAAAUGGUCUUGACUAUUCCUUUCCUGGUGGUGCGGCUCUACCAGUUAUCGACGCACUUUAUGACCGCACAGAAAUAGAUGUCAUUCUACCGAGACACGAGCAGUGUGCAGGCCACAUUGCAGAAGGUUACUCUCGCGUCUCUGGAAAGCCCGGUGUAGUCGUCGUUACAUCUGGUCCCGGGGCCACAAAUAUGAUCACACCUUUGCAAGACGCCCUUAGCGAUGGAAUCCCUCUCGUUGUGAUCUCUGGCCAAGCCCCCACCACAGCCGUUGGCACGGAUUCCUUCCAAGAGGCAGACGUGGUAGGGAUUAGUAAACCCUGUACUAAAUGGAACUACAUGGUGAAAAAUGUUGCAGAGAUUCCCCGUCGUAUCAACGAAGCCUUCGAAAUUGCAGUGUCAGGCAGGCCAGGGCCAGUUCUUAUCGAUAUCCCGAAAGAUAUAGCAGCCUCUGUUCUCCGACAGCCAGUUAAUACCAAUACUAUGAUCCCUAAUCUGAAAAAAAUGGCUUUGCAAAGCGCAGCCCAGACGAGCCGCCCAGCGAAUAUCUCACCCCCCCGCAACGCGACGUCCCAUAGCCAACAAUUGAAGGCAGCAAUCCAACGAAGUGCCGACCUCAUCAAUAUUGCGAAGAGACCCAUAAUCUACGCCGGAAAUGGGGUUCUAUCUAAGCCGGAAGGGUCGACCUUAUUAAGAAAACUAGCUGAGAAAGCCCAAAUACCUGUGACAACGAGUUUACAUGGUCUCGGAUGUUUCGAUGAGCAUGACGAAAAGAGCCUUCGUAUGCUCGGAAUGCACGGAGCCGCGUACGCGAAUUUAGCGAUCCAGGAAGCAGAUUGUAUUAUCGCUUUAGGGGCAAGGUUUGAUGAUAGAGUCACUGGAAAUGUCGCAAAGUUCGCUCCAGCUGCCAAGAAAGCCGCUGCUCAAGGGAGAGGCGGUAUCAUUCAUUUCGAGAUACAACCAAAAAAUAUAAAUAAGAUUGUUCAAGCGACAGAGGCCGUUGAAGGAGAUGUCUCAACGAACCUCAGAUUGAUACUACCAUUAGUUCAGGAUGUAGGAUCCCGCCGCGCUUGGCUAGGGCGGAUCAAGGAACUGAAGGAAAAAUUCCCAAUCAGCCAUUUCAAUCGUGCACCCGCAAGUGGACUUAUAAGUCCUCAGCUUGUUGUCGAAGAGCUUUCCAGGCUCACAGAUCCGUAUAAAGAUAAAGUGGUCAUUACGACUGGAGUUGGACAACACCAAAUGUGGGCAGCGCAACACUACAGAUGGAGAUAUCCUCGAACUAUGGUUACAUCUGGCGGAUUGGGAACUAUGGGCUUCGGCUUACCCAGCGCUAUUGGGGCAAAGUUAGCCCAACCAAACAAAAUUGUGAUCGAUAUUGACGGCGAUGCCAGUUUCCAAAUGACUCUGAUGGAGCUCAAGACAGCAGCAUUAUAUAAUAUAGGUGUCAAAAUUAUUAUUAUCAAUAACGACGAACAGGGGAUGGUGACACAGUGGCAAUCGAUGUUCUUCAAGGACAGAUUCAUGCUUGCCCACCAUGGGAAUCCCGAUUUUGUGAAAGUGGCAGAAGGAAUGGGCAUCAAAGCGAUUCGUGUAUCGGCGCCACACGAACUCGAGAACGGACUAAAAACUAUGCUGGAAUAUGACGGACCAAUAUUAUUAGACGUUAUUACAGAUAGUAAAGUAGGGCUUUUCCCAAUGGUCCCACCGGGAAAAGGCCUACAUGAAUGCGUCACAUACGACGAGGAGGCUGAGAAAGGGCGCCGCACCUUGAUGAAACUGAGGACAGGGUACUAG